UGUGGUAAAUCAUUCUCUCAAAGGAGUCACUUGACUCUACACAAGCAUACGCAUACAGGAGAAAAGCCAUAUCGUUGUGAUAUCUGUGGUAAAUCAUUCUGUCAAAGGAGUGACUUGACUAAGCACAAACGUACACAUACAGGAGAAAGGCCAUAUCAUUGUGAUAUCUGUGGUAAAUCAUUCUGUCAAAAGAUUACCUUGACUGAACACAAGCAUACACAUACAGGAGAAAAGCCAUAUCAUUGUGAUAUCUGUGGUAAAUCAUUUUCUAAAAAGUAUCACUUGACUUAACACAAGUGCCGUAAUAACCCAUGUAAGUUGUGCACCUGUGUAAUUAACACAGGUGAUUUUCAGGAUAUAAUUUGUU